CAAUCUUUCGGUAACAGCCGAACUCGCCUUUUUACUCAUGCAAGAAGACUUCCCCUGUACCCAAGGAGGAAUGUAAAUGAGUCGGGUCCGGACUCCCAGCAAACCCUGUCUCCACCAAAUCAUGGCGAUCAGGGUUUCAUCCCGACGACCUCUCCAUUGCAUCCUCUCCGAUUUCCCUCGAAUUCCAUCACAUCACCCUCAAAAAAUUCGAUCUUUCUCCAAACCCACAGAUCCCCCAAGAAGAAUUCCGACGGAAUCGCCCGCAGAUCGUCGGUUCUCACAACAGAGUUCCCUCGCCAAUAUCUUGCAGAGGUACUGUUUUCCCGAACCGAAGCUGCACGAAUUCAUCCAAAAGAACCGAUUUUUAUUGAAUUAUAGACCUUCGGACGUCGAGAAAUGCAUUGGGAUUCUCCAAUCCUUCGGCCUGCCGAUGAAUUCUCUCCCAUCGAUCCUUCCCUCUUGCCCCAGUGCUCUGGAACUAGGGUUUCUGAGGAAGUGGCAGACGGGCUUCUCGAAAUUAGGGUUUCCCACCGUUUCCUCUUCCCUAGUCCAGAAAGUUCUCGAACAAUCCGGGAGGUUUCAGAUUGAACCGGAGGAGCUCCGUCGAAGUGUACAGUUCAUGAAAAAUGUCGGCUUUAGUGGUGAAACAGUGAGCGAGGUUUUCGAGGAAUUGCCUCUAUCCUUAACGAGUAAUUCUACUGACAUAAGUCGUAAACUUGACAUCUUGAAGAAUGUUGGACUCAAGAGGGCUGAGAUUGAUAAAGUCUGCUGCCAAUUUCCAGGUUUCUUAGCGCUCAGUUUUGAAGGUAGGUUAAGGCCCUUGUUUGAAGAGUUACGGGAUUUGGGUUUCACUGGAAAUGAGGUCAGAAAGACGAUACUUGAUUAUCCAAAGCUUCUUCUUGGUAUGGAAGUAGGAGAGCUCUCUCGAUGCAUCGAAUUGCUGAAUAAUUUGAAAUGCAGGCCAGCAAUCAAGGAGAAGAUUCUAAGGAAGGGCCUUCUUAGAGCUGGGAUCGAUGUGAAGCUUAGAGUGGACUGCUUGUGCCAGCAUGGUUUGAUCCACAGAGAUGCAUUUAAGGUUUUGUAUGUAGAGCCCAGAUCGAUAAUAUAUGAUUUGGAGGAUAUGGAGAAGAAGAUUGAGUUUUUGCUACACAAGAUUGGGCUUUGUAUUGAGUAUCUGGUUGAAUUUCCUGAGUAUUUGGGAGUGAAUCUUGAGAAACAGGUAAUUCCACGUUACAAUAUCAUCGAUUAUCUGAGAUCUAAUGGCGGGCUUGGUUUUGAUGUGGGAAUGAAGCAUCUAGUAAAGCUUAGUAAACUUAAGUUUUACAACUUUUUCGUGAAACCAUACCCAGAAUGCGAAAAGAUCUUUGGGGGAUCAGUAAGAGAAGUAGAAGCUAAACCACGGCAUCCGACUGGAUUGUGGAAGCUGUUUAAGCCACAAAAGUUCUCUGAUUCUAAAGAAGACAUUAGGAACAUGAAGCAGUUCAUGGAAACUCUGGUUUAGCACUGAUGUAACUGCCUGUGUAAAUGCUUUCACAAACAUAUGGAAUUAAUGUCAAGCUAGAAUACAAUACUGACAUUGCAACAAGAAUGUUCAAAGGUGAGUAUUGUGGAUUUGAAGGUAUCAACCUAACUGGCAUUACUUAAAGCAGGCACCGGAAGUCUGAAAUCUGCUGUUAAAAUUUGUUAAGAGGAGUGCACUGAAUGGUUUUUACGUGUUAUAAUGGGAAAUGCUCAUGCAGUCAGCAUUAUGUCAAUUUGGAGCACCAACCAAGAAUAAGUGUUGACAUUUUAUGGAGGUCUUUAAGUUGUUGAAGAACUCAAUUGCCUCAUUAAAAGGAAUGAGAAAUGGUGGUCGGCAUGCCAGAUGUAGAUGUUUCUACCUCUCCUGUCUGUCUAUCCAAGAUCUACAUCACAUCUUGCCUUAACCAGUGCAUUAAAACAACUACCUGAUUUGAUGAAGCCAUUCCUCUUUGAGAGGGCCAGAACAUCUUGAAUAUCCGAGAUGAUAUUAUCUUUGUAUCUGAUAAGCGGGAAUCUAUAUAUGCACAUUAUCAUGCUUUUUCUAUUGGAGGGGCGGCAUUCCGUGCUCUAUCCUAUUUAUCCAAGAGACUUUGAGUUGCUUUCUUGAAGGUUACUUCAUCUCAAUCAUUAUCUUGCAACUGGCAUAGACUCUAUGCUCCUCCAUUAUGAUUACAAGUAAUUUGUUGUUCGUAUUAAAGCAACAGGUUUACUUGUAUAUUUAAUCCUGUGAUUGCUACACCUGUCAUUUUUUUUCUA